CGAGUAGUUUCCACAGGUUACUUAUUCCACCCUACCCGACCCCCACCUCCAUCAAUCAACAAUCAUCGUUUAAUUUCUUGAUCAAACUGAUUUCCCUCUCUCUGGCCACGCACCAUUCCCUCCGUUUUCUCACACACACACACAUAGUGAAAGACGACGGCGGAGGGAGGAGAGAGAUGAGCCGUAAUGGUGGUGGCCCAUGUGGAGCAUGUAAGUUCUUAAGGAGGAAAUGUGCAAAAGGGUGUGUAUUUGCACCCUAUUUUGAGCCGGACGACCGUGGUUUGACUGACUUUGAGGCUGUGCACAGGGUGUUCGGAGCCAAGAACGCCGCCAAGCUCCUCCUAAGAACACCGCAAAGCAAACGCCUUGACGCUGUCGUUUCUCUGUGUUAUGAAGCUCUCUCUAGGGUUAGAGACCCUGUGUAUGGUUGUGUGGGUCGCGUCUUUAACCUCCAACAACAGGUCGAGAAGUUGCAGGCUGAGUUAGCAUACGUUCAAGCUCGUGUUUCGAUCUUGAAACAUCAUCCUUCCAGCUGCCAACCGGCGACAAACCUUCCGAUGUUGUCAACUGAGACGUUGAUAUCUAGUUCUAUGCUAUCAUCCGUACACUUUGGACAACCUUCACCUGUAACACUAACACCAUGUUUUUCUAGAGACAAUGAUGCAUCGAUAGAGGAGACAUUAUUUGAAGAAGAUAAUAUUGAGAUGUUAGCUCGAGAGCUAUUGAGUAAGUACUUACCAGUUUCAAAGAUUAGGCAUGAAAAACACGAUUACUAUCGAGGGGAAUAAAUACUCUAUUUUGGU